AUGUCGAUUCUCAGGACGAUCGCCCCCUUCAUGAGGGCGGCCCGUGCCGGUGCCAACACCAACCCCCUCAUGGCCAUGAGGUCCCCCAUCCUCAACCGCGGAUACGCCUCCUUCCAGCGUACCAAGCCUCACGUCAACAUCGGUACCAUUGGUCACGUUGAUCACGGCAAGACUACCCUCUCUGCUGCCAUCACCAAGCGCCAGGCCGACAAGGGCCUCGCCAGCUUCCUCGACUAUGGCUCUAUUGACAAGGCUCCCGAGGAGCGCAAGCGUGGUAUCACCAUCUCCACUGCCCACAUCGAGUACUCGACCAACAACCGCCACUACUCCCACGUCGACUGCCCUGGUCACGCCGAUUACAUCAAGAACAUGAUCACUGGUGCCGCCUCCAUGGAUGGCGCUAUCAUUGUCGUCGCCGCUUCCGAUGGCCAGAUGCCCCAGACCCGUGAGCACUUGCUCCUCGCCCGUCAGGUCGGUAUCCAGCGCAUUGUCGUCUUCGUCAACAAGGUCGAUGCCAUUGACGACCCCGAGAUGUUGGAGCUCGUCGAGAUGGAGAUGCGUGAGCUUCUCUCCAGCUACGGCUUCGACGGCGAUGAGACCCCCGUCAUCAUGGGCUCUGCCCUCUGCGCCCUCGAUGGCAAGCGCCCCGAAAUCGGUGUUGAGAAGAUCGAUGCCCUCAUGCAGGCCGUCGACGACUGGAUCCCUACCCCCGAGCGUGACCUCGACAAGCCCUUCCUCAUGUCCGUUGAGGAUGUCUUCUCCAUCGCCGGCCGUGGUACCGUCGCCUCUGGCCGUGUCGAGCGUGGUACCCUCAAGCGCGACCAGGAAGUCGAGAUUGUCGGCAAGGGUACCGAGAUCAUCAAGACCAAGGUCACCGAUAUCGAGACCUUCAAGAAGUCCUGCGAGGAGUCCCGCGCCGGUGACAACUCCGGUCUGCUCCUCCGUGGUAUCCGCCGCGAGGACAUCAAGCGUGGCAUGGUCGUCGUCGCCCCCGGCUCCGUCAAGGCCCACACCAAGUUCCUCGUCUCCCUCUACGUCCUCUCCAAGGAGGAAGGUGGUCGCCACACCGGCUUCCAGGCCAACUACCGCCCCCAGAUGUUCAUCCGCUCCGCCGAUGAGUCCGUCUCGCUCACCUUCCCCGAGGGUACCGAGGAUGCCGACUCCAAGAUCGUCCAGCCCGGUGACAACAUCGAGUUGGUUGCCACUCUCUGCCACCCCAUCGCCGUCGAGGCCGGUCAGCGUAUCACCGUCCGUGAGGGUGGCCGCACCGUCGCCACCGGUAUCAUUACCCGCAUCAUGGAGUAA